AUGGUGGUAAUUCCCCAACAUUCUCACAGACCGUCAUUUGAUGAACCAUCCCCUGGACAAACCCUUGAUGGUGUGCUACGUUCAGUAUCAAAUGGCACACACAAGCGGCACAAACCCAAUAGUCCUCCAUUCAAACCAGGCAAUAUCAUGAAGGUAACCGUAACCAACUUCACCACAUACUCCUAUGCCGAGUUCUCGUUGUCUCCAACCCUAAAUAUGAUCAUUGGUCCUAACGGUACGGGAAAGAGUACCUUAGUUUCGGCCAUUUGCCUUGGGCUUGGAGGAAAACCCGAACUCAUAAAGCGGCCUCUGCUUAAAGAUAUGAUCAAAUCGGGCGAAAAUCGGGCAGAGGUGACUAUCACCAUGAUGGGCAAUGGUGGCCGUUCCUUUGUUAUUGAGCGGAGUUUUGAUGCAAAGUCGAGUGAGUGGAAAGUCGAUAACAAGAAAGUUGCAGAACGAUUUGUACAAACAAAAGUCAAAGAACUUAAUAUUCAGUUGGACAACUUGUGUCACUUUUUGCCCCAAGAGAGAGUAGCAGAGUUUGCCGGUCUCAGUCCAGAAAAGUUACUUUUGGAAACUCAAAGAACCUUGAAAAACGGGGACCUCCAUGUGAUGCACGAAAGCCUUAUAGCGUUGGAGAAGGAUAGAGAUGCGGCUGCCGAGGACUUGAAGAAUAUCGUGGAUAAUGUGGAUAAGUUGACAUCUGAGCGGGAGAUUUUACAAGAAGAAGUUGAGCGGUUGAAUCAGUUCAAUGAUAAGGCCACCGAUUUGAAGUAUCAUGAACUCUUAUUACCUUAUGCCAUAUCCAAUGAUGACAAGGAAAAGAAGAGGAUGUUGAAAAAGCAGAGGGAUGAUGCUAAAGCCAAGUUGAAUGCAUUUGAUAACAAUGCUGAUCCCCUUCAUAAAGAGGUGACCCUUUGUUUGAGAAAGGUAGACGACCUCAAGGCGCAGAUAUUUGAGCUACGAAGUGAAAUAGAUCAGUCUAAGGAGCAGUAUAAAAGGGAGUCUUCAACGGUACAAAAAAUCACAUCCAGUAUUCAAGAAAUGAAGGAAGAGUUGCAAAGAACCAAGAUUGGUAAAGAAACCAUUCGGAAGGAGCUUGAACUUCUUAACUCGGAUGUGCAAGACUUGCGAACAAAGUAUAAUGAGUUGGGAGAGUUGGAUGCUCUCACUGAAGAGAGAGACGAAUUCUACAAACUAAGAAGAGAUAAGAAUUCAACCGUUACUGAAACUAUGGGCAGACUUGAAGCGAUUAGAGACAACAUUGAAUCACAAGAAAGAGAGGUUUCGAGACUUGGUUUUAAAAUCAAAGAACAAGAAGCAGUCCUCAAUACGAAAGACAAACUUUCUAUGCUCAACCCUAGCAGUAAUGGAAGUAACAAUCCUUUGCUUUCUAACGCAUACCACAUUCACCAAGAACUCCGUAAGAGACCUGAGUUGAAACAGUACUAUUUUGAGUCUCCCGUCGUUACUUGUGAUGUGACCGAGAAACUGGUAGCUCCAGUUAUUGAAAAAAUCAUUAAUCCAAGUACACUAAUGUCCUUGACAUUCACCUCAGAAGACGCAUACAAUAAGAUACCAAAUAUUUUGUUCAAAAACUUCAACUCGCCUACAAGAAUCAUUGUGGAACAAGCUAGCGAACCUCAAAUUGCAAAAUCACAGAUAUCUGGGUUUGGAUUUCAAUGCUAUUUAUCUGACUUCCUUGUUGGUCCCUCCGAGGUCAUCAAUAUGAUUAACUCCAAUUCAAAGUUGAAUUGGAUUCCUUACGCUCCAGAACUUUCCCAGGACCAGGUUGCUCGUCUCUUAAACCCAGAUAGCAAUGGAAGAAUCCCAUUCAUGAGGUUUGCUGUGGGCAAUCAACUCAUAACUGUCCAUAAAUCCAAGUAUGGAGCUAAACAAUUUGUCAGCGUUACCGAAACGGUUACAAGGUCCAAAUUCUUUGGAAAGGAGAACGUGGUACCUGGAGAAGUUAAAAAGCAAACACAGCUAGCAAUAGAGUCACUUAAGAGCCAGCAAGUAAUUGCACAGGAUGCAAAAAUGAAUCAUGAAGCUGAAAAGGAGCAACUAUUGCCCUUAGUUCAGCAGAACAAGAACGCAUUUGCAGAUAUUGAUAAGCAGUACAGGGAGGUAAAGGAGCAGAUUCAGCGGAAGAGUAGAAUUAAAGAGAAAAUUGAGAGAACAGACGAUCUCAUUAAACGUAAAACAAGAGAAUUGAGCUCAAGUGAAUCAUCCAAGCUAAAUAAGUAUCGGAAGAGAAUUCUAAAUCUCAAUGUCGAGUUGGCAACUGGGUCAGCCUCCAAGCAAGCUGCUGCGGUGGACAUUACUCUGAAGUCGGUGGAACUAAACAACUUGGUUCUUGAAAGGUUUCAACACGAAACUCGGGCCUCUUCAAUCAAGGCAUUAGUAGAAGAAAUUGACCAAUAUAAGGAAGAAUUGGUAAAGCUUUAUGAGGAGGCUAAUGCCAAUUACCGAAAUAUAAGAGAAAGUGAUGCUUCCAAGAAGAUAAAAGAACAGAAGAAACAUUACACCGAGAAGGAAGAAAGAGACUUGGCCAAACUAGCAGAAAAGUAUUUGGAGACAAACUCUUUGAACCAAAUAUAUGUCAAGAACAAGAUCCAGCUAAUUAGAGAUGAAUUGAGUGUUUUGACAGCUGCUGCUGACAGAAAUUGCAUCAACCGAUUGAAAGAGGUUGAAGCCAAACUCGAAGAAUAUGAGAACACUUUGCCAAGAUACGAGAAGGCCAAACUUGACUUGGACGCUCGUAUUGAGAAGAUUCAGUCUGAAUGGGAGCCUGAGCUAACCAAGUUGGUCUUUAGGAUCUCACUUUCAUUCAAAAAGAAGUUCGUUGCUGUUGCUAGUGAUGGGGAAGUAAGAUUAAAAAAGCAGGAGAAGUUUAAGGACUGGCGACUUGAAAUUCUCGUUAAGUUCAGGCAAGAAUCCGAAUUAAAAAUACUUGAUCGUCAAUCUCAGUCGGGAGGAGAGAGAGCAGUAUCAACCAUUUUUUUUGUGAUGGCCCUACAAGGAUUGACACAAGCCCCCGUGCGUAUUGUUGAUGAAAUCAACCAAGGUAUGGACCCUACCAAUGAGAAACAAGCCCACAAAUUCUUGGUUCACACUGCUUCAAAGGCAUCCGAUAGUCAAUACUUUUUGGUGACUCCCAAGCUCUUGACAGGCUUAUACUACCACCCCAGUAUGAAGAUCCACUGUAUUUUUACGGGUCCUUUGAUCGAUCCGUUCAGAAAAAAUGAUGUUGAUUUCAUGGACUUCACUGAUCUCCAUUAA